AUGUUUUUGCCACAAAUAAUUGAAAACCUAGAUAAUUAUUAAUGCUGUUAUAAUCACAAUAAACCUUUAAGGUCAGUAUGUAUUGAACCUAAUUAUCCAUCUAAUAAAAGAUUUUUCUGCGAAGAAUGUUUAAAGGCAAUACAUAUUGAAGUACAUCCUUUAAGCUUUAUAAAAUAAAAAGUUGAAGAUGAGCUAAAGAAUUCCAUAUAAUAAUGUGAAAUAUAAUUAAAUCCUUUUAUAAAUUUACUCAAGUAAUUCGAAUAGAAGGUAUAUAAUUUUAAGGAUAUUGUAUUAUAAGAAAUAAAUAUUAUAAUCAAAAGUACUUCAGAAUGGAUAUAAAAAAUUGAAGUAUUGAUCAAAAAUUAAUUCAGUUAUAGCUUUAUAGAUGUUUUAGAGAAAUUAUCUAAAAAUAUUCAGAUUAAAAUCGAAACUCAAUAGUUAAUAAAUUAAAUUAAGGCAUUUAACAAUACCCAGAUUAGCAAAUUGGAUGAAAAAUUAAGUAAAUUCUAGUAAUUUGAACAAAGUAUGGCAAUUGUAGAGAUUUUUUAAAACAUCAAACACAUUUAAUCAACCCCAAAUAUAUUUCUAUCUUAAGAUAUUUAAUAUAAUUUUUCAUAGGAUAUUUAAUAAAAUUAAAAAAUUGAUUAGAAUGUACUUUCUAUUCAACAUCCAUAUUGUUAUGCUAUAGCUAUAAACAAAGAAAAAGACAUCAUUGUUACCUCUUCAAAUCAAAAUUUACGAAUCUUCUAAAUGAAUCAAGGAUCGAUAAGGUUAAUGUAAGUUCAUGAAGAAAAGUAUGCUAAAUAUAUCACUACGCUUACUUUCUUUAAAUCAUCAUCUUUAAGCAAUAAUUUCAUUUCUGGUUCACAAGAUUCAAAUAUAAUUAUUUGGUAUAAAAAUAGAACAAAUUAAUCACAGACUGUUUGGGAGCCAUAGCGUAUAUUACAUGGACAUACUUCUUGUAUUAAUUGUAUAAUUAGCGACACUUUUGACUCACUUUUUAUUAGUGGAUCUGAUGACAAAAACAUCAAAUUUUGGUAUCCUUAAAAAGCAACCAAAUGGAUAUGCUAACAAACUGUUAGCGAGCAUACUAAAAGUAUUUUUGGGUUGUCUAUUAAUUUUAAAGGUGACUAACUAAUUUCAUGUGGUAAAGAUUUGUUAAUCUUGGUAAUGUAGAAUUUAAAUAAAUAAAAUUGGUUAAUAAAAUAAAAGAUUUAUACCUAAAAUUAUGGAUAUAGAUUAUGUUUUAUUACUGAUAAUAUCUUUACUUUUCAACCACACCCAACGAAUAAAAAUGAAAUACAAAUCUUCUCUAUUCAAUCAAAUAAUGGAAAUUAUAUGAAAAUAAAAGAUUUAUAAAUUCAAGGAGAUGAAAUGUCUUGUUAUUAUUAUUUUCCAUAAAUGUAUAUACCCUAAAAACAAAUGCUUAUUGCUAAAAAUGGGCAAUAUGUGAACUUUAUUAAAUUUUCAUUUACUUAAUAAAACACAUUUUAGGAUUGUAAAUUAGAAAAUGUAAUAGAUUAUGGCGUGUUAAGUUAUGGAGAGAUUUUUGGAACAAUAUGUGAAGAUGGAGAAUACUUAAUUACUUGGGAUCUUUACACAAAAUGCAUUCAAAUAAAGAAAUGCACAGAAUCAUCAUAAACUUAUAAUAAUAUAUUUAGAACUUUUACUUAUGUAUCCUUCUGA